UCAAUUGCACUUACACAAGACAUAAAAAUAUGCCUUCUUACCACAAAUACAUGUCUACAUUUCUUUGCUCUAUUCUGCUUUAUUCCCUCUGCUUGACAUACUCAGUUGAAUCCACUGGCGACCUCACCUUCGAUUUCAUCCACCGUGACUCGCGCCACUCGCCUUCUUACGACCCCUCCAUCACCCGUUUCCAACGCCUAAGACAAGCGGUCGACCGCUCCUUGUCAAGAAAAUCCUUGCUGACGGCCUUGCGUUCAAAAUCAUCCGGAGAGUCCAUAACCGCUCCGAUCAUCCCUUCGGACUACGAGUACCUGAUGAAGAUCAAAAUCGGGACUCCCCCGGCCGAGCAGGUAGCCAUCGCCGACACGGGAAGCGACCUAACAUGGACCCAAUGCAAACCAUGCACAGAGUGCUUCAACCAAUCCCUCCCACUCUUCGACCCAUCCCAGUCCUCGUCUUACCGCCCGGUCCCGUGCGAUUCCCCCCAAUGCACCGAGUCCGGAUCAUCACCGUCGUGCGGCGACGCCUGCCAAUACCACGUCUUAUACGGCGACGGCUCAUACAGCGUCGGCGAGCUUGCAACGGAAAUCCUAACCUUCGACGGAGACGUCUCCUUCCCCAACUUCUCCUUCGGCUGCGGCUUCAACAACGUCGGCUCUUUCAGCGACGGGUCCGGGAUCGUCGGCCUCGGCGGCGGAUCGAUCUCCAUCGUAAACCAGCUAAACGACUCCGUAGGCGGGAAAUUCUCUUACUGCUUGCCAUUGCAAGACUCCAACGCCACCAGCAAGAUCAGCUUCGGCAGCAGCGCCGUCGUGGCCGGGCCCGGAGUCGUCUCCACGCCACUAGUAAAGAAAUCACCACCAGAAGACACAUUCUACUACCUCACAUUGGAAGGGCUCAGCGUUGGGCUAGACAGGAUCGCCAACGCUGAGCCUGAGUUGCUGCCCUCGUUGGAGACCAACGAGGGCAACAUCAUCAUUGACUCAGGGACGACACUGUCGAUCCUCCCUGAUGAGAUAUACAACAGGGUGGAGGCGAUGCUCGAGGGUGCGGUCGAGGGCGAGCGCGUGGAGGCUCCAGGAGACCCGUUCCGGAUGUGCUAUAAGAAGGAGGAUGGGUUCAGUUCACCGCCUGUCACAGCUCAUUUCAAGAAUGCAAGUGUGGUUUUGGCAGAAGAGGGUGUUUUUUUGGAGGUGGAGGAAGGGAUUGUUUGUUUGACGCUGGUACCUUCAGAAGGGGAUGUGUGUAUCUUUGGGAAUUUGCAUCAGAUGAAUUAUCAGAUUGGGUUUGAUCUUGUCGAGGAACAACUCAACUUUCUGCCUACAGAUUGCUCCAACCCACAAUGAAAUAUUAAGUCAUGUAAUCUCCUUUAAUAAUGAAGAAAAUGUGUUAUAUUUCUUCUAACAAAAGUGACUUUCAUUAGCCUUAUUAGGCUCUAUAUAUAAAUACAAAGAAUUUCAGUUUGGAAUGGAAAUGAAGUUAAUAUGA